AUUUUUUUAUUCAAAUUCUACCCAACAAGAAAAAUGCCUAUUUUCAGGUCAAUCCAAUGACAAUUAGAUUUGUAAACCAGCAAAGCUUUUUCUUGCAAGAAGAAAUGUCUUUUUUGGUGAUGGAAAUUUACCAAAAUAACAAAAGCCCAGCAUUUUUUUUUGCUAUUUUAUUUUACUUUGUGUGUUUGCAGAGUAGACCAAUUUCUCCUUUCGACGUAGCUAACGCAAACUGUGCUCCUUAUGAAGAUGUUUGUUCAAAAUAUCGAGUCUCUUGCAAAGAAACUAUUUCCAAAUCCAGAGACCCCCAAUCCAGUGUUUUCAGUGUCUAUUGUUGCGUCGACACUAAGUGUUUUGCCUGCCCAAUAGCAAUGUGCCAGUGGCCUUCUUCUACUAAAAUUACUUGAUUUUCAUCUUAUCUAUAAAAUACCAUGCGAGCAAAUGUUUGUGGAUUGUUCGAUGAAUGAGAAUCUUCACUAGAUCGCUCCAAUUUGUAGAAUUACUUCAAAACAGGGAAUACCCAGACAGAUUUCUCUUCUCUCAUCUACCUGAGAUACUGUCAUAAACACUAAUAAUAUGUGAAAUUAGGUUUUUUGUAAAUUACUGUGCACAUUUACAAUUCAAAACAACCUUUAUAUGUUUUUAAUUUUCAAAAACUUAAAAGCUAAACUCUAUUUUGG